AUGGACACGUUUUUCCGUCGCCGCUUUAAGAGGAAGGAUGUCCCUCAGCAGGUGGAGGUGGAGACCCCUGCGUGCCGCCAGAGGAGGCCCAGCGUGGCCAUCCCAACCAGCAAGGCCCGUAGGAGGUCCAGUGUUGGCCUGCCUUCCUCUGCCCUGACCCAGAGGCGCCGCUCCGGCAUUCAGCUGCAGCUGGGGCCCCCAAGUGCAGGCGGGGGCCGGUUGGCGCAUGUGCCCCACCAUGGCAGGACAGGCCACACCCGCAGGCGUUCCAGCACCACCACCCCCAGCCUUAACCCGAAGUUUGCCGUGUGCCGUAGGAAGGUGGGGAAGCUGCGCACCAUCGACACCCACCUGCUGGGGUCGUCCAUGCUGCUCGCCAGCCUCAUCCAGAUGGCUGAGGAAGAGGAAGAUGGGGGCGUGCUGGGGGCGGGGCUAUCAGCCGGAGAGCAGCAGGUGGAGCUCAGGGGUGGGGCCAACAAUGGGAGGACGAUCUCAAACUCCAGCAGCCUCCACUCUGACAGAGAUGAUGACAGCAGUGAGUGCUCCACCAGCAGCCAGUCAGAAGGCAGCCAGCUGUCUGAGGCAGAGCAACUGCCCGAGGAGGAAGAGGAGGAUGAAGCCUCCUGGCCUCCUGCAUCUCAUGCCUCCACCCCCUCCUCCAUCUCCUCACUGCAGGUUCUGAGGAAGCCCCCUGAGGUGCUACCCACCUCAAGGCCCCUGAUCCGGGCCCCUCGCUGCCUUCGCAGGAACUCUUCUCAGGUGUUUGUAGGAGACUCCAGUCCCUUCAGCUAUCGAGCCUCCACCCAGAGGAAGAGGAGAAGGAUCUCCACUAUCUCCAAAGCCGGGAGCCCCUGGCCCGGGAGGGGCCACCCACUGCCCAGCCGCAAGAGCUCCGUGUACUACCUCCACCAUCCGGCCUUCUACAGGGGUCCCGGAGCUCUCAGCCCACUGGGGAGCUCCUGCUACGACUCCCGCCUGGAAAGCUUAAGUGCCUUUUUGCUGAAAGCCAUUGCCAAGUCGGGUCAGCAAGUUCAGGCCAACGUGUCGACGUCCAGACAGACGGACUCUCUGCCGCCCAGCAGCACCGUCGACUGGACCGAGAACGCUCAGUACGGCGAGCACAUCUGGUUCGAGGCCAGUGUUUCUGGAGACUUCUGUUACGUUGGAGAGCAGUAUUGUGUCGCCAAAUCUCUGCAAAAGUCUGUGGCGAGGAUGAAAUGUGCCGGAUGUAAGAUAUCUGUGCACGUCACGUGCAUGGAGCAGCUGGAGAAGAUCAACUUCAGGUGCAAACCAUCGUUCAAGGAACCGGCUUCUCGAGCCAUCCGAGAGACCAAUGUGGUUCGGCAUCACUGGGUCCACAGGAGGCGUCAGGCUGGGAAGUGUCGGCAGUGUGGGAAGGGCUUCCAGCAGAAGUUUACGUUUCACAGCAAAGAGAUCGUUGCCAUCAGCUGCUCGUGGUGCAAACAGGCGUACCACAACAAGGUGGCGUGUUUCAUGCUGCAGCAGAUAGAAGAGUGUUGCUCUCUGGGAGCUCACGCCGCUGUCAUCGUCCCCCCAACGUGGAUCAUCAGAGUCCGCCGGUCGCAGACGUCUCUGAAGUCGAGCAAAAAGAAGAAACGGACGUCGCUGAAGUGCAACAGGUCGAGCAAAAAGGGAGGAGAGCUCCAAGAUGGCCGCUGGAAGCCCUUCCUGAUUAAGCCCCUCCCCUCGCAGCUCAUGAAGCCCUUGCUGGUAUUCGUUAACCCCAAGAGCGGCGGGAACCAGGGAGCAAAAAUCAUCCAGUCCUUCAUGUGGUACCUGAACCCUCGGCAGGUGUUCGACUUGACCAAAGGAGGACCCAGAGAGGGGUUGGAGCUGUACUCCAAAGUGCCCAACCUGAGGAUCCUAGCGUGCGGCGGUGACGGCACGGUGGGCUGGAUUCUGUCCAUGUUGGACCAGUUGAACCUCCGCCCCCAGCCUCCCGUGGCCAUCCUUCCUCUGGGGACGGGUAACGAUCUGGCCAGGACCCUUAACUGGGGCGGGGGGUACACUGAUGAACCCAUCACAAAGAUCCUGUCCCACGUGGAGGACGGGAACAUCGUCCAGCUGGAUCGGUGGAACCUGAGCGUGGAAGCCAAUCCGGAGGUUCGACCCGACGAGCGGGAUGAGCAUCAGACAGAUAAGCUUCCUAUUGACGUUUUCAACAACUACUUCAGUCUGGGCUUCGACGCUCACGUCACGCUGGGCUUCCAUGAAUCCAGAGAGGCCAAUCCAGAGAAAUUCAACAGUCGCUUCAGGAAUAAGAUGUUCUACGCCGGGACGGCCUUCUCUGACUUCCUGAGCGGGAGCUCCAAAGACUUGGCCAAACACAUCAGAGUGGUGUGUGAUGGCACAGAUCUCACAGCCAAAGUCCAGGAGAUGAAGCUGCAGUGCCUCCUCUUCCUCAACAUCCCCAGGUACUGCGCCGGCACCACGCCGUGGGGGAACCCCAGUGAGCAUCAAGACUUCGAGCCUCAGCGUCAUGACGACGGCUGCAUCGAGGUGAUCGGCUUCACCUUGACUUCUCUGGCCACGCUGCAGGUCGGCGGUCAUGGCGAGCGUCUCCAUCAGUGUAAGGAAGUGACCCUCACCACCACCAAGUCAAUCCCCAUGCAGGUGGAUGGCGAACCCUGCAAGCUGGCGCCAUCCAUCAUCCGCAUCAACCUGCGGAACCAGGCUAACAUGGUGCAAAAGGCCAAGAGGAGGAUCAGCAUGCCCCACCUGAACGACCAGCAACCGGUUCCAGAGAAGCUGCAGAUCAGAGUGAAUCGGAUCAGCAUGGCGGCGUACGAGGCUCUGCAUUACGACAAGGACCAGCUGAAGGAGGCCUCGGCGCCGCUCGGAGUCAUUGUCGUCCCCGGGGACAGCGACCUGGAGAUGUGCCGCCUUCACAUCGAGCGUCUGCAUGACCACCUGGACCAGGACGGGGACAAAAUGACCCGGGACAGUCUGUCCCCCCAGAAACUGUCCAUGAACUGGUGCUUCCUUGACUGUACCACCGCAGAUCGCUUCUACAGGAUCGACCGUGCUCAGGAGCACCUGAACUAUGUAACAGAGAUCUCUCUGGACGAGCUCUACAUCCUGGACCCGGAACUGGUCGUCAAGGAGACGGUGGGAACCUCCCCCAGCAUGCCAGACCUGGUGGACUCUGAGGAGCCCCAAAGACAGUUCUCCUACCCCUGCUCCCCGUCCUCUCCCCCUACUGCAGCCAGGGACAGUCAGAGGAGGAGGACUUCCAGUGACAGUUCAGUGUUGGAGGCUUUGAGAACGUUCAAGUCCCCCCUGCACAGGAGAGGAGCAAAGAUUAUCAGUGUUGAUCGCUCCGACUCAACUGUGGCUGAUCUCAGACCAGCUGUUAGAACCUCCACAGCUUCCUCUCUGGGUGCUGAAAAAGAUUCAGAACUGAUCCGCUGCAUCCAGAACCAGAACUUGGACAUGCUGACGGAGCUCCACCAGCAAGGGGCGGACCUCCUGCUGCAGGAUGCAGGCGGCUGCACGCUGCUGCACCGCGCUGUGCAGACCGGCAGCAAGGAAGUCGUCAAGUACCUCAUCGACCACGUUCCCUCCUCUCACCUGGACGUCACAGAGAAAGAGACAGGCGAGACGGCGCUCCAUAAAGCUGCCGCCCUCUGUCAGAGGAGCAUCUGUCACUUCCUGGUGGAGGCAGGGGCAUCGCUCAUGAAGACAGACCUGCAGGGUGACACACCCAAACAUCGAGCUGCCAAGGCCAACGACCAGGAACUGGCUGACUACCUGGGCAGCUGCCAACAUUACCAGAUGAUCCAGAGAGAGGACGAGGAGACGGCAGUGUGACCUGAAAUAAGACUGUUCACAGUUCUGUGAUUUAUUCCCUCCUGGUCCCACUCUAUCUAACGCCAUCAUUUGUGGAGCUAAACCAAAUCUUUGAACUUCACGGAUCAUCUCCAAGUUUGAUUUAAACAGAUCGGAUUGUGGCUCCUCUCUGCUGUAAGAGGGGGUAGGAAUCUAAGAACCUGGAUUCUCCUUUUAUUUCUGCUUUACACAAAGAGUCAAGGUGUCUUUAUGGGUCCAGAUUUCUGCCACUUGAAAACUUCUGUCUUGUAGUUGAACUGAAGAACAGAAAAACCUAUUCAGACACUAAAACAAAAUCAAACUAGUUUUUAUUUUCAGGCCACAUAGACUUGUACAGAGAGAGGAACAGCUGCUGACGGCAAACAGCAACAGCUUUUAUAUCAGCUAUAACUUCAAUAAGUGUCUUCUGUAAAGCUUUUAGUGACGUUUUGGAUGUAUUUGUUGUCUCCAGCUAAAUAAAUGUUUGGAUAUUUAAUGUAGGAGGUUUAGAUAUUUAUGAUCAGUUUAUAA